AUGGAGUUAUAUUUUUUUAUAUUUAUUUUAAACCUUGUAAAAUUUUGUUCAUCUAAUGGUGAAAUUGUUACUUAUAUUGUACCUGGAAACUGUUCUGAACGUGAAUAUUAUGUUCCUAGUAUUUUGUCAUGUACAUUAUGUGAUGAUUACCAGAAAUCAUCCAUAGAUCGUAAGUAAUAGACAUUUCCAAUUUAUUUAUAAUAUUAAUAUUUUUCUUUAAAUAAAGGGUUGAGUUGUAUUUGUGAAAAAAAUAGCAGAAUCGUUAAUAAAGUUAUGGAAUUUUUUUCUUGUGAACCAUGCCCAUCAAAUACAACUACAUCAUUGGAUCGUUUACAUUGUUUAAAAAAGUCUAAUAUAACAUGUGGAACAAAAGAUAUAGAAUGUAGGUUAUAUUUAUGAUUAUUUAUCAUAAUUAUCUAUAAAUUAUUUAUGAAAUGUUGAAUUUAUUUGUUAAUAACUGAAAAAAAAAAUAAAAUACCUAGUCAAUUUAACUGUUGAUAAAUUAAAUUUUUAUAGUAGUAUAAAAUUUAAACAUUGUUAAAUAAAAUUAAUCUAUCCUUUUGAUGCAAUAUGGAAUUAUAGUAUACAAUAUAAUUGAUUAUUAUUAUUAUUAUUAAUACAAUAACUGUAUCAGUUAAAUUCCCACAACUUUUUUUUUUUUAAUAUUAAAAUUUUUUUUCAAAAAUUAAAAUUAAUUAAUUUAAACUUGUGUCCUAAUUUUUAUUCCCUUAUUAUUACAGUUAUCAGUUGCUUAGCAAUUUAUUUUUAAAAAGUGUAUCUGCUCAUAACAAUCAAAUCAACUAGUAACAAUAAUAACUAAUAACUAUUUAUUUUUUUUAUUCAUAAGUGUUACUAAGGUUACUCAAGAAUAAAAAAAAUCAAUUUUUAAGUAUAAAUUAUAACAGGUUCUUAUUAAAAAACUUGUGUGAGGCCCGUUGCAUAAAAAGGUACUUCAGUUUGAAACUGAAAUUAAUUUAUUGCUACAUCAUUUUUCAUCCUUUUUUUCCUUUUGAGUAGAUCAAAGGGUUAUGAUUAUUUCAUUAUGUCAUACAUUUUAUGCAGUAAUGUAGAAUGUAGGCUAGGGAUCCCAGAUGUAUGUAUGUUUGUAUGUAUAAUAAAUACGGGACAUUUUAAAUCUCAUUUAAUAUUUACAUAUAUUGCAACAAAUUAUGUGGUGGGAAGAAGUGAUGGUAAGAACAUAGCCCUCAAAACUAGUCCGUAAUUCAAAAAUCAUCCAUUCAAAAUUAAAAGUUAAGAAACAUAAUUUUGAAACUGAUCUGAUAUAUUAAUAAGUUGACAUAAUUUAAAAAUGUAAUUUGUCUUCACUUCUACAGUGAUAUUUACUACCCAAUCUCAUGUUAAUACGCUAAUUUGAAUUAUAUAAUUUUAGAAAUAAGGAAAAUUAAGGGACACACAGAUUUGGGGAUUCGAAAUAAGGGACAAAUGUGUUAUUUAAAACAUCUGGUCGGGACACCGGGAUGCUUGUAUCAAAUACGAGACAAAUCCGUAUGUAUGGGAUCCCUAAUGUAAACUUAUAUAGAUAAUAUAGUAUUAUCUAUUCUAUUAUAAAGUGAUAGUUUAUUGAAGUAUACUUCAUACAUUUGCUAUAGUGAUAUAUAUAUAUACAUAUACAAUAAUACAUAUAAUACAUAUAAUAUAUACAUUAUACAGUAUUUUACAGAGAUCUGUUAAAUGCAACUUUUUUCUGUUCAAUGGUUUUUAAUUUUUUUUUUCUGUCAUAAUUACUAGACUUUAUUUUAUAUGUAUUUAUUUUUGAAAUAUUAAAAAUAAUACAUUUAAAUUGUUUUUGAAAAGUGCAAGAUGGUUAUUUGAUAAAUAUAUUGUGAACUAAUUAUUUUGUAUUCCAAUUAUUCACUUAUAAUAACUAGUUAAGUUGCUAAAAUUAGUUGCAAUUAACUAAAAUCAUUAACAAAAUUAUUUUUUAUAGAAAAAUUAGUAAACCAAUUGAUAUUAUUUAGUAGAUUUUGUAGUUUGUAAUGCAAACUUUUUAAAUUUAGAAAAAAUUUUUAUAAAAUAAACAAAUUAUCAUUACUAAAUUGGUAACACUAAAAUUUUGUUUCAAAAUAAAUUUAUAAAAUGGAAGUUUUGGAUUUUGUAAAAAUAUUAUUUUUUAGUUCCAAAAAAAAGUAUAAAAUAUUUGAAUCAUAGCGCAAGACUCUAAUAACUGUUAUAAGGGGAAAAAACUUAAAAAUAUUGAAUAGAAUAAUAGUUAUUGCAUUUGUAAAAUCUUUGUGGAACAUCCUGUAUAUCUACAUCCUUAUAAUAUUAUAUGGAAUAAUAUGGAACCAAUGAAGAUAUAUUAAUAGAAAACAAAUGCUUGAAUAAUAUAUUAAUAUAUUAUUAUUACUAAUAAGUGGUACCUACUAUUUUGUUUAAUAUUCAUUACAAUUAUCUAUCAUGUUAAGUAUUUCUUACUAUUUUUUUUAUAAAUUAUCUAUUUAUAGGAAAUGAUAAAAUACCUGCGAUAUGCAAUUGUGUUGUGGCUUUUACUUUUUAUGUCAAUUGUCGAUAUAAUAAUUUGUUUUUUAGAUUUAUACCUACAUUAGGUAUAGAUUACAUAUAUUACAGGGUAUAAGUAAAUUGAUCAACUAUGAAACAGUGAUAUUUGAAAAAAAAUAAUUUUAAUAUUAAGAAAUGGUACUCAUAUCACAGUUUCCAAUGUUUACCUUCAAAUCAUUAUUCUUUUAGUUUUGACAUGAAAUGAAUCUUUUAAAUAAUCGCAGUUUUUAUUUGAAUUUUGAAGUGAAAAUAAUUGUACCCAGAAAAAGUUAACCUACAUCCCAAAAUAUUUAAUAUUGUUUGUCUUUUUAAUUAAGUUUAAAACACAUAAUUAUACUAGUUUACAAUACAUAGUAGAGACUGAAGCGAAUGGUUCGUCUAUGAUAUCAAAAUCGUGUGUCCGUUGUUCACCUGGAACAUCUCCAUCAUUUGACCGUACAAAGUGUUUACCAUGUUUGGUGGAAAAUUGUACAUGUCCACCGACUUCGCACGAGCUACUCUUAGAUGGAACAUUAUGCGUGUUCAGACCAAACUUGACUUUAUGGCCCGAUGAAACAGAAACGCAUUUGAUUGAAUAUGACAUUAUUGAUGUGGAAGUAGAGUCUGAUUAUUUGAAAAAACAUUUACGAGCGCUCCUGUAUAAAUGCGUCAAGGUAAAUAUUAUACCAAAUCUCAAAGCGGUUUCAUGAAUUUUACAGUGAAUGUAUAGCUGAUAGUAUCUGCCUGCCCGAUUUACAGGCAAAACACAGGACGUCAUGCGAGGCUCUUGGCAAUCUGUGUACUGUUCAUAUGUACAAAGAUGAGCGGAAAGUCAAUCCGUGCAAAGUGUUCAAAGACUAUAGGCGUAUCCCUACAUCUUCGGAUGCUGAUCGUUUGCCUUUACCUUGGAUUUACUAUGGAGAAGGAGAUGCUUCCAUAGUUUUGAACAGGAAAAAGAUAACAUCAAAGUAUAGCAUAAAACCUGAGAGACAUGUACGUAAAUAUUAAGUAUUAUAAAGUGUUUGAAGUUUUAAUCUAGGUAGGUAAUUAGGUAAUUUUCCUUUCAAUUUUAUUUUUUUUUGUUUAUUGAUAGCAGAUAAUGAUUAAUAAUAAAUAAUAAUAAAACAAAUUGACUGAGAUAAAUUAAACAACAAAUAGAAAAUAACAACAUUAUAAUAUUGUAUUUUUCAAAAUUGAAUUAAGUAUAUUACAUAUAUCAAUGUAGGUAGAUGAUUGCAAUAUGUAAAGGUUGGAAGUCCCUAUGCAUUUAGAUUUACUAAUGUAUAAAGAAUUAUUGAAUUGAGUUUUUUGAUAUUAUUUUUUUUUUUCACUGCAUUGAUGAUAUUAGCAUGCAAUGCAACCAAUAUGCAUUACAUUAUAGCACUUGCGUUUAAUUUAAAGUACAUUUUUUAAUGCAAUGAAGAAUGAUUAUUAUUAAUAUUUCCUGUACAAUAUUAUACCUAUGUAUUAUAAUUUACCAAAUAAUAGUAUUUCUUAGUCCAAAAUUUUAAUAGAUAUCUACUAACUACUACCUACUUAACAAAUACCAAUUACACUAUAUAGUCUCCUAAUAAAAUAAAGAUUUUGUUUGAAAUAUAGGUUGAUGUAUUUAUAAAUUGUAAUACAAUAAAAUCAAUGAUAUUAUUAUAAUAUUUAUUAGGAUUUAGAAAAAUAUAAAUCACUUAUUAUAAAAGUUACACAUGAUUGGUCCAUCUUCUGUACUAUUUUAUUACCACCCACUUACUUAUUAUGAUUUUGGUUAUUAUUAAAAAUGAAAGUGCAUUUUUAUGUUAUACCUACUUAGGUUUUAGUUUGCUUUUCAGAAUAGCAAUUUGCAGUUGAUUGCGGCUAGAUAUUAUUUGAAUGGAUCACUUAAUAGUGUUUCUAAAUUGAGGCCCAUUGAACUUCAAUUGUGUCCUGGAUUAUGGAAUGACAUAGAGCUGGCUUUUCGUUUUGGAGCCCGAUACUUUCAUACUUGUAAUAUACCAGCUAAACAGUUGAUCAAAGCAGGAAAUCCAGAGCCCAUAUUUUAUGACUUUUACUUACAAUACAAUGACAGUAAAAAGAGCAUGUUAUAUGCAAUACCAUUAUUGGUUAGAAAUAUUAAAGUGGGAGCAACAUAUCCAAAUACAGUAAGUAUAAGUAAUUAGGUACCUACCUAUUUAUAAAAGCAUCAAAAUUAACAAAUAAUAAAUAACAAUGAUAAACAAACAAUGUAUUUGUUAAUAUGUUUGCUUCCAGAUUUUAACCUCCAUUAAAUUUGGAUAGUAAUGAUUUAAUUCUUAGUUACAACCAUGAUAUAUUUAUUAUGGAAAUGUGUAAUGUAUGAAUGUACGAUAUCUAGUGUAAAUUACAUAUAAAAAUGUUUCUUUUUUGGAAUUUGAAUAUUGUCAUAUUUCGUAUUUGUAUAAUUAAAUAUUGUACCUCAGAACACAAAAAAAAUUGAUGAUGAUCCUAAAUUCAAGCAAAUAAAAUUAUCAAUAUAGAAAACAGUUACAUAUGAAAUCUCAAUAAUAACACUUAUUGUCGCCCUUUUUUUUUUUAACACUUUUUCAAAAUUUCAAAAUUAAAAUAAUAGUUUUCAUACACUGCUACAACUAGCAAUUGGCUGAUAAACUCUUGAUUUAUUUUUUUCCUUUGAAUAAAUCCAAACGCCAUAAUUUAACUUAAAUAUUUCGACCAAAAGCAUGUAAUAUCAAAAAAUCUGUGCAAUUUAAUUUUAAUUCAAAAUACUUAAUAUCUAUAUAUGGAAAAUUAUUACAACGUUGGUCAGGUACUGUGUUUUGUGAUUUAAUAGUUGAAUACAAUACUUACUAAUACCCUGGAGGUUUGCUAAUUCGAAAAAUAUAGAAAACCAGUUGUUUAACAGCUAAACUGCACAAGCAAUUAGCACUAUUUCAUUUUUUUAAUUUUUAAUAAAUAAACAAUACAAUAUAAUGUAUUACGUUUAUUAGAUAUGUAUUAUAUCCACUAUUUUCAUUUAUUUUGAAAAAUUUGUUUUAUUAUGUUCUUCUGUAUUUUACAAUAUUGUACUGUUAUUCUAUGCGAAAAUCAAUACAAAUUUACUGUGCUUUUUUUAUCGAAAUGUACAGGCGUUCUGCUUUGAAAUAAAUAAAAUGAUAGACUUGUUAGGUAAGACAGUACGUUUGCCCCUCCCCCCAGCUUUUAUACAUUUUUCGUAUUUAAAUCAUUUUUCUGUUUUUUUUUUUUCUAUCUUAUUAUAUAGUUAUUGCAUAAAGUAUGAAAUAUUAAAUCUUGUCCUCCCCAUAGAAAAAUUUCUGCGAGCGCAGGUCUUUAAUGGUUAGUGUGGUACAUACAUCUGAUAGUUAAUAAUAUAAAUAAAAUAUUAUCAAUAGAUAAGUAAUAGGUACCUAUGUAAAAUUUUGAAAUGCGUGUUACAAUUAAAACAAUAAUUUUGUUUAAUUUUUUUGAUUUUCAUUCAAUAAAUAUUAAGUUUUACAUUUUUCUUUUAGGGUAGAGAUAUGUCACAAUGGUUAUUAACCAGGCGCAUGUUUUUAAUGGAUCAAUUUAGCGGAAUUUCCGUUAAAAACCAUGGCUUACCAAAUGUCAUACAAUAUUUGAAAUCCAUUAAACUUGUGUAAGAGGUAUUAAUAUGAUUAUACAUUGAUUAUCUAUCUGAUUUUUUUUUUAAAUCAUAGGGUCCAAGCUCAACGGGAAAUUGAAAAUGAAGGCAAUAUUUAUCCUCCAUUUAUGGUUUUAGAAUAUGGGCAAAUAACUGAUGAAAAUAUAUCGUUAAAUAAGGUGUUCUCAGUGACGUUCGCAGUCGAAUUUUAUAUGGAAAAUGACAUACUCCAUUAUGUUGAUGUAAGUAUUUUAUUAAUUUAUUAAGAUGUUCAAAUAAUUAAAAAAAUCUACAUUUUCAUCAGAUGAGUUUGGGUAUUCUCAGUGGUUGUGUAUUUAUCUGGAGUUGUAUACAUACAUGGAGUGAAUCAAAACGAUGUGGAAGAACAGCAAUCGACUUGUGGACAGUAGGGCAAUUUACAAUCACUUGUUGCUCACAUUUUGCUAAUAUGAUAUUUGCAGUUUGUCUUCUGUUGGCUAUUCAUACUUUAGUUUUUUAUAAAGCUCAAAAUGUUGUUUAUAUUCUUUUACCAUCCCAAGAUUUGGAAGUUGUCGUUAAUCGUUAUGUGAUUAUUGCAUUUAUAUUAAAGGUUUGUGUAAUUUAAUAAAUAUCUUAGAGUUCAACACAAUGGUAUGGUUAGGAAGCUAUUAGUUAUAUGAAGUUUUCUGUUUUUUUAUUCUAAAAUUAAAUUAAGAAAGAUUAAUUUGGUAAUUUUAUUUGAACAUUUUAUAAGUUUGAUUAAAAUAAAUGUUUUGAUACUUAUCUUUAAUAAAAUUGCUAUGUUUAGCUAUGUUUCAUAAAAACUCAAUGUGGGUAUUGUGCAUUUAUUUUAAUGUUUAUGUUAAUAGUUUUACAAAUAUUUGUACUCCUUACUCUUUAAAUCCUUUUCAUUUAACUUUCUAGUUUAGCAUAAGUAUAAUAAUUUUAACAUUUUUUUUUUUUACUAUUAACUUUUUUCUAAUUCAAGUUUUACAAAAUUAUUUUAAAACUUGUUUGUGGUAUAUCAUAUUAUAAUCCAUAAUAUUUUAUAUUUAUUUAUUUUGUUGAAAAACAAUAUUCUUUAGAAAUUAUAUAAAAUUUAUAUUUGGUUUAGAAAUUUAUUUUCUUAUUGUAUCAUAUGUGUAUGUAAACAAAUACAGAAGUCAAAUAUAAAGAAAUAGUUAUACAAUAUAUUUUGUAUAAAUAUAUGUAUUAUUCAUAUAAUUUAUAUAAACUUGUACAACUGUAUUGCAGAUUGUUGAGCUUGUACGAUUAAUAUGGAAACAAACAGCCAUUGAUAUAUUUUUAGUAGAUUGGGAAAAACCUAGAAUUUCACCCAACCAAAAACAAAAUGGUAUACUGGCUUCUCAAAAACAAACCGUGAGCAUUUGGCGAAGUUAUUUUGUGGCAAACGAAUGGGCCGAAAUACAAACAAAAAGGAAAAUUAGUUUACCAUUGCAACUUUUGUUUACAGUACUCCUCUUAAAAGUAUGUACAUUGUAAUCAUGUGGUGUAUUUCCAUACAAGCAUCAUUUAGGUAUAAAACAAAAAUUUUUAAUAUAAGGUGUGAUAUGUCUGUACCAGUACAAUAUCUACUCAUUCUAUGUAUAAGUACCAUUUUAUAGUAACCAUUAACAUUUUUUUUUUUUAAUAAUAAAUACCACAAUAUAAACGUAUAUCAUUUUUAUUUUUAUUUUUAGAUUUAUGGUUUGGAAAACUGGGCUGUUGCUGAACCUGAAGUGCAUUUGACUCAAACACCGUAUAGGCCAAUUAGUCAGCUGCUGGGAUUGGGCAUGCUCUUUAUUGUAUUCAGUAUUGUAUAUGUAGUUCAGGUAUGGAUAUUAUUACAAGGAUGUGAUUACAUGUGGUUUGGUUAGGCACACAUUUAAUCAAAUUAUUUUAUUUUUAUGUUUUUUAUAAUAUUUGCAAUUAUUAUUAAUAGUGGCUGUUGACUGUGGCAAUAUAUGAGAGAUAUAUUAAUAAUUGUAUACAACAGUUUGUUGACAUCUGUUCGUUAGCGAAUAUCAGUGUAUUUAUUUUGUCUGCAGAAUUUUUUGGUUAUUACAUACAUGGGAGGUAUACAGAUAAUAUGUUAAUUACAAAAGAUAAAGCCUUUAAAGACUACUAAUAAAGAUGUAAUUUUUAGAUCUGCUCAUGGAUUUUCAGACACUGAUAUGGAGAGUUUAAUUGGUCAGCUUAGAAGAGAAGAAGACAAUAUGGUGAGACACAGGGGUUUGGUGCCAGGUACGGAAAAUCAGACAUUUGAAAUGACGGUCCCUUCGUCAUUGAGGACAUAUUAUCAAAGAGUAAUGGCGCCCCUAAAUAGUGUAAAUAUGAUCAAAUUUGACUAAAUGUAUUUAGAUUUCAUUUAAUUAUGUUGAUUGCUUUCGAUUUUUAGAUCCAAUCCAAACAGAUAUCAGGUUCAUCUUUUAGAAUUAAGAAAGUAGAUAAAACUGAUAUGGUGAAAAUAGGACAAGCGUAUAAUAAUAUGAAUAAAUUUUUAGCUGCUUUUCUGGAUCACGUAUGUUAACAAUUUUUAUCAUUAUAAAAUAUAAAAUGAGUUUGCUUGUUAUGUUUUAUUUUAGGCUUUGAAAGAUUUAGAUUAUGAAAUACGAGAAAAGACUUUUGUUGAAAAGCUUUUAGGGAUUGAAUACUCAGAUCCUUUGGAUAAAGGAGUAUUUUUCUUAGGUAAGCAUGUUAGUUACUAUUAUAGCAUUUUAGUGAAUAUUUUAUAAUUUAUAGAUGAUGGACAUUCCUUUGAUCAAGUGAUCUUCUAUGGAAAUGAGUGUACUUUAGUAAUAUUCGACUUGAUGAUGAUAUCAUUUUUUUAUGUACUUACUGAAAAUAUUAUAAUUGCUGCAAUGUUCACAGGAUGUAUUACCAAGGUUUGUAAAUUAUAAUCAUAGACAAUGUUCUACGAUACAUAUCUUAUUAAAAGACUAGUUUUGUAUCGUAUUUGAAUGAUUAUGUUUUAUUUUAAAUAUUUAUAAAAGUAAUAUUUUUUAUAUAUCUAUUGUAUAACUUUGUUUAUAUCUUAUUCUUAUACAAAAGAGAGGUAAGAUUUGUGUUACAUUAAUCUUAAUAUUAAAUUGAAUUAUGUAUUUGUGUAGGUGAUGAGUGUCAUCAGAACAAAGUUUGGCAAAAGGAAUUUAGCUAAGAAAACCUUAAUUGAUGAGAGAUUUUUAAUAUAAAGGUAUUGCAUACUCCAAUCAUUGAAUUAAUCUAUAUUUAGAUAUGUAUUUUUUUUUUAUUUUUUAAAAGUAUACAAUUUUAAAUGUUAAUUUUUGUGGUAAAUUGGGGAAGAGUAUGAUUUAGUGUAAAUAAAUAUAAAUUGGGUUUCAGAGAAUGAAAUUGGUCCACGAAAUUAUUAAAAUUAUGUGUUUUGUAUGUAACAAAAUUAAUUAAAUACUGAACAAAUUUUCACUAGACUUAACACCUCUUAAAUAUGCUAAAAAAUCCUUGUAAAGUUUGGUGACGCUAUAUUUUUUUCUUUUGCUGUUAUACAUCCUUUCUCUGAGUGGAUUUAGCUUGAUUUGAGCCAAUAUGCCAACUAAUAGCUUGUCUACAUUGUGAUCGAUGCCACUGGAGGUCUCGAUAAAUUUACAGUUCCAACUGUACGCCAAAUUUCGUCCAACUAUUAACACAGGUAUAAAUAUAUUCGUUACAUACUAUAUUAUAGUAUAAAUUAAUAAUUAUUUUAAUUAUUUUUGUUUUCUUGCCGUUUGUUUGGAUUUUUCUUGUUCGUUCCAAGUCUGAUUUGUUUCCAACUAAUAUUACUCCUCUUGUGUGUAUAUACUCUCCUUUCCACAGGAAUAGAAGCAUCUGUUCUGCGAUAUUAAAACUUCUUUCAUCAACUACUGAGUACAUAACUAUAAAGACAUUUGGGUUGUAUGUCGAGCAUAAGGUUUCAAUCUGAAAAUUAAUUUUAAAAGCGUAUUAAUAUUGUGAUAUUACAUUAUUUUAGCUUUUUUUCAUAAAAAAAGCAUUUUAUUUCAUUUUUAACUAUAAUUUAGUAUAGGUAUAUCAGUGAAUUAGUGUAAUUCCAAAAAGUCC